CAGCUGCUCCCCCCCGCCCUUGUUUUCUUUGGCCCGUGCAGGCCGCUGCGGCGGGAGGCUGGCUGGGAGCGCUCCAGGCUUCCUCGUGGGCCCUCCUGGGGCUCCCCGGAAGCCGCUGCUGUCAAUAACGCGCUCUGUUGCCGCGGGGCCGGCUGUGGAUGCGCGAGGAGGGGUCUGUUCUUCCGAGCGGGUUUGUGCCGGUCGCCAGUGCCAAGCCCGGCUGUAGAAGGGGAGUUUUAGCGUUUAACCAAAGUACAGUGUUGGUGCUUUAGGAAGCAGAAGUUGGUUGUCUGGGAAGAUUUCAGGAGAACGUGUUUGUGAUUGAAUACUGGCAGGGGUAGGACAGCCACAGCCUCCCAGGGCAACGUGUGCCAGUGCCUCACCACCCUCACGGCUUCUGCGUGUCUUGAGCGAAACCUGCGGCAGAGAUGGACACAGAAGGCUUCGGAGAGCUGCUGCAGCAGGCGGAGCAGCUGGCAGCCGAGACAGAAGGGAUCUCGGAGCUCCCGCACGUGGAACGCAACCUGCAGGAGAUCCAGCAGGCCGGGGAGCGCCUGCGCUCCCGCACGCUGACCCGCACCUCCCAGGAGACCGCCAACGUGAAGGCAUCGGUUCUUCUUGGAUCUAAAGGGCUUGACAUAUCCCACAUUUCUCAGAGACUUGAGAGUCUAAGUGCAGCCACUACAUUUGAGCCUCUUGAACCAGUGAAGGACACUGACAUCCAGGGAUUCCUGAAGAAUGAAAAAGAUAAUGCAUUGCUGUCUGCUAUUGAAGAGUCUAGGAGGAGGACUUUUGCCAUGGCUGAGGAGUAUCACCGAGAGUCAAUGUUGGUUGAAUGGGAACAGGUGAAACAAAGGAUUCUUCAUUCUCUGCUUGCAUCAGGGGAAGAUGCUCUUGAUUUCACCCAAGAAAAUGAGCCCAGCUAUGUUGGUGAGGUGGGUCCUCCAGGUCGCAGCUCUUUGGACAGUGUGGAGAUGGCGUAUGCUCGUCAGAUUUAUAUUUAUAAUGAGAAGAUAGUGAAUGGACAUCUGCAGCCUAACCUGGUGGACCUUUGUGCUGCUACUGCAGGCCUGGAUGAUAAGGUACUGCCAAACAUCUCUGAGAUGUGGGCCAUGGUGAAACAAAUGACCGACAUCACCCUGGUUCCUGCCAGCGAUGCCCUCAAAGUCCGGACCAACAUGGAGGUGCGCAUGGAGUUCGUGAGGCACGCUCUGCACUACCUGGAGGAAAGUUACAAAAAUUACACUUUUGUGACAGUCUUUGGAAACUUGCACCAGGCUCAGCUGGGUGGAGUCCCAGGCACCUACCAACUGGUCCGCAGCUUCUUGAACAUCAAACUCCCAGCAUCUGUCCCUGGCCUGCAGGAUGGUGAGGUGGAGGGCCAUCCUGUGUGGGCACUGAUUUAUUACUGCAUGCGCUGUGGAGAUCUGAGUGCAGCCAUGCACGUGGUGAAACGGGCACAGCACCAGCUGGGAGAGUUCAAAACCUGGUUCCAGGAGUACAUGCACAGUAAAGACAGAAGACUGUCUCCUGCCACAGAAAAUAAACUGCGUCUUCAUUACAGACGAGCUCUGAGAAAUAACACCGACCCCUACAAAAGGGCUGUCUAUUGUAUUAUCGGCCGUUGUGACAUUACAGACAACCAGAGUGAAGUUGCUGAUAAAACAGAAGAUUAUCUUUGGCUAAAACUGAACCAAGUGUGUUUUGAUGAUGGCAGCACGAGCUCCCCGCAGGACCGGCUAACGUUGUCACAGUUCCAGAAGCAGCUGCUGGAAGACUAUGGUGAAUCACAUUUUGCAGUGAACCAGCCGCCUUUCCUCUACUUCCAAGUGUUAUUCUUGACAGCACAGUUUGAAGCUGCAAUUGCGUUUCUGUUCCGGACAGAGCGCUUGCGCUGUCACGCCGUUCAUGUUGCUUUGGUCCUGUUUGAGUUAAAAUUGCUCCUGAAAGCAUCUGGGCAGAGUGCACAGCUAUUAAGCCAUGAAGCUGGUGACCCCCCUGGUGUCAGACGUUUAAAUUUUGUGCGCCUUUUGAUGCUUUACACCCGUAAGUUUGAAUCAACAGAUCCAAGGGAAGCUCUGCAGUACUUUUACUUUCUCAGGAACGAGAAGGACAGCCAAGGAGAGAAUAUGUUCUUGCGUUGUGUUAGUGAAAUAGUAAUUGAAAGCAGAGAGUUUGAUAUGAUUCUUGGGAAGCUGGAAAAGGAUGGUAGCAGGAAGCCUGGAGUGAUAGACAAGUUUACGAGUGACACAAAAUCUGUUAUUAACAAAGUGGCUUCUGCAGCAGAAAAUAAAGGAUUGUUUGAAGAAGCUGCAAAACUCUACGACCUUGCAAAGAACCCUGACAAAGUUUUAGAACUGAUGAACAAGCUCCUUAGUCCAGUUGUUCCCCAGAUCAGCACUCCCCAAUCAAACAAGGAGCGGUUGAAGAACAUGGCUCAUUCCAUUGCUGAGAGGUACAAAGCGCAGGGGAUAAGUGCAAAGAAAUCCACUGACUCCACGUUCUACCUUCUGCUAGACUUAAUCACAUUUUUUGAUGAAUAUCAUGCUGGUCACGUUGACAGGGCCUUUGAUAUUAUCGAACGCCUGAAGCUUGUACCUCUUAGCCAAGAUUGCGUCAAGGAGAGAGUCUCUGCCUUCCGGAAUUUUAGCGAUGAAAUCAAACACAAUUUAUCUGAGGUCCUGCUUGCAACCAUGAAUAUUUUAUUCACCAAGUAUAAGAGGAUGAAAGGCACAAGCCCAAGCACUCCUGCCAGACCCCAGCGGGUAAUGGAAGACAGAGAUUCGCAACUUCAGUCUCAAGCUCGUGCACUGAUAAUGUUUGCUGGGAUGAUCCCGUACAGAACAUCGGGAGACACGAACGCAAGACUGGUGCAAAUGGAGAUCCUUAUGAAUUAGCAGAGCAGCUUUGGCUGGGUUGCAGCAGCCUGUGCCUGUCUUUAGUACGUUCAGAGGGCCCAUGGGACCAGUGUCAUUUUGUAUUCUGUAUUUUUGUUGACGGAAAUAAAUUUCUUUGGUUUUGA